CCAGUCGUCUCCGUCGCCCGCCCAGCGCGCACGCGUCUCUCAGAUUUCAGUGAAUGCGGUGGGCCAGUCACUACACUACAUGGAUUUAAGCUGAAAACUACACACGAUGUCUUUUCGAAAUUAUUAUGACACCUCAUCUUAUGGGCGCAGUCGGGACACGGGCCGCGCGGCCGACCGGCCCACCUCCGUCACUGCCAAGUACAUCAACACUGCGCCUUCCUUCAAGUCCUCGAGCAUCCCCAUCCUGUGCCGCGAUCGAUCCGCCUCCCGCGACGAAACUCCCAUUUCCACCAUCGCAAACCGAUACUCCUCAUACAAAACCAAGGACGAGAAACCUGCCUCCAAAUAUGAGAAGAAAGAUUAUAAACUCUCUGUACCAUCCACCACCAACCGAAGCAGGGAUGUCAGUCCUGUAUCAACCUCAUCAAAGUACUCCAGCCUCACCCGGUCUUCCAGGCACAUUAGUCCUGAUAGGAAGACCAAGACUACCCUGCCAGGUAGAAGCCCAGAUCCUACCUCGGAUCGCGACAAAGACAUUCCAAGCAAGACUGAAAAGUCGACAGGCUACAACAGCCUUUCUAGCUACAAAAUUUACCCGAGAGCUUCCAGUUACUCAAGACCUUCAUCACGGGCAGAAACGAAGCCUGAAAUCACAGUUAACCGAUAUGCGAUAGCCAAUAGAUUAUCAUCAAAUUAUUUACGAAGUCCAUCUCUAGAUAAAUCUAAAUCAAUUUCCCCUGUGAAUCAUAUUGAAACGCCUAAAACAGAAAGUGAAAAGUCAGUGUCACCAAUUGUAGUUGUUCAAGAAGAGGACUGCAACUCGAAUAGUGUAGAAGCUGAAAAUGUGAUUGUGAAUGGUGAAACAAACAGUAACAAGUACAGUGAAUACAGAAGUGAAACGGUCACAGUUGUAACGAGACAUACAUCUCCAACGCCACCUGGGUCGUCUGUUUAUGUUAGAACAAGAAGAGCAGACAUGGCUAAAACUAUUGAGAAAACAAUAACACGAUCAAGAAAGAGGCCGGAAAUGGUUGAUAAAGAAAUGCAAUCGGAUAGAUUAGACGACCCGACAAGAACUGGCAGAUUUGCUAGUACUGCCAGGACAAACUUAUCUCCUUGGUCAACCUAUACACCCAGUGGCAGUAGCUAUACAGGGUAUGCUGGAAGAUAUUCCACGCACUAUACCAACUCAAGAGAAAAUAACCCUAGUUAUAAUGAAAGGAGUAGUAGAAGUCGUAGCACUGAGCCAAUACCAAAAGACAAUUCUAAUUCAAGUUCACUAUCAGAAAUCAAAGAAAAAGAAUACAAACCAAUUAUAAACAACAGUGUUCCAGAAAUAAAUCCAGAAAUAGUCACAGUAUAUGAGAAAAAUCAAGAUGAUGAAACGUCAGAAAUCAUCAUCAAUGUAAAUCUAAAGUUGAAAAAAGCGAAAAGCCCGUCAACUGAACUAGUAUCUCCGGAAAUUACAAUAACAAAUAGUCAAUUGCCCCCGCAAGCGCCCAAACCAGAGGGGCCCCCUAAAGUUAAGAAGAUGAAAGCUCGCAAAUCUAGUACAGAUUCAACAUCCGAUUCCUCUUCCAGUCCUAAGAGGAAGAUAGUAAAAAAACGUAGUAAAUCGGCCAGUUCUACAGAAUCUGAACAAGCUACUGACGCUAGUGAAAAAUCUAAAGCAUCUCCUACAAAAAGUGUUAGCAAAACAUCAAAUUCAAAUAUACCUAACGGUCAUGUAAACCAUAAACAUUCCAAAUCACGUGAAAGCAACAGUCCUGAAUCAAGUAUAACGCUUUCUACUCAAUCUUCUAUUAGUGAAGACGAGACAAUAUCCAAGUCAAAAACUAACGAAAUAUCCAGAACCUCAGCAGAUGAGCUUUCAUUACCAACUGAUAGAUCUGGUAAACAAGGUAGUCCACCCUCCAAUAAAGGUGAAGGGGCUGAAGAAGCCAAAUCAUUUUUGAUUCGUGCCUUAGCACCUGUAACGAAUCUUUUCAAAAGAAAUCAAGAUUCGUGUGAUUCAAGAUGGUUGGAAACUUCGAAUUCUGAAUCUACCAGCAAAGAUGUUUCCAAUCUUGUUACAGAAAGCGACCGGUCGAAAAGCAAAAGUAAUAAUACUGAUAAUAUCGUUGCAUCGAACGACGACGGCGUGGUGAAACUUAAAGCAAUUCGUCACAUAGAUUCUGGCGAAAAGGCAUGGUGGAUGGAGUCAGAAUCAGAAAAGCAAAGUAACACUCCAAGCGAGAAACAAAACUCUACGUCAGAGAAAAACAUACCAAAGAAAAUCCGACAUAUUGAAUCUGGUGAAAGAGCUUGGUGGCUUGAGUCUAAUGGCACUGAUAGUUCAUCAAGCAAAAAUGGAGUUCAAUCCAUACCUACAACUGAGAGUUCAGGGAAACCUUAUAAAAAACACAAAUAUGACGACGAGAAACCAUGGUGGCUAGACAGCAGUGCUAACAUACCAGAAGGAGUCGAACGUUUGACGCCACCAAGAAAAUCGUCAAGUGAAAGUGAGAAAAGCGAAAAGUUUGAUUUCUUCAAAGUGCGUCGCAUUGAGUCUGGCGAUCAGAAGGACUGGUGGCUGACAAGCAGUGAGAAUUCCUCCAGUAACAAACAAGACCCGAAAAAUAGUCUGAGCAAAUCAAGCUCUGACCAAAAAAGCUUUCCUGGGCGUAGAAUCCGACACGUGGAGUCGGGCGAGAGACCGUGGUGGCUGUCAAGCGGCAAGAAUAUUCCAGAGGGAGUGGAGAAACUCCCAACACCUCCUCCUCAAGCGGAGAGUGACUCGUCGGAUUCAGAAGAAGUACAAGUAUACGUGCCGCAGCCCGCGGUGCCUCCGUUCCCAUUAUCUCUGCCUGACGACGAGCCUCUUGGUGACAGAAGAAGUCCAGAGGGCUUGGAAACGCCUAAAGAACCAGAGAAUUACCGAGGGCGUAUGUCGCCUUACGAAAACCGGCGUCAAUACCAGAGGCAGUCUUCUGGCAUGGUUUUCCAGAAGAGGGAGAAGUAUAUCUCGAGGUACUCGGAUAUAGAUGACAUUCUGGGGACGUCAAGUCAGUUUUGCAGUCCGUUUAUGGACUCGCUACUGGCUCGCAGGAACGGGCAGGAGUACGAAGACAACUCGGAGUGCGAGGAGAUCGACUCCACGCAAGUGAAAAUCCACGACAGCACGGCCCAGAGACCUGUCAUCAAAAAGUUACGGAGCAGGAGUGAAAUCAUUGAUUGCAGAGAUGAAGAUCAGCUGGACGACGUAGCACUCCAGGUGUUCAAAGAUGGCGACUACGGGCCGUAUCUGGACCUGGACUCCACUCUUGGCGAGCAAGAGGAGGAGCUGGAAGGCCUACAGGACAGUCGCAAAAAUGCUAUCAUCCUUCGAACCCAGCUGUCGGUGCGGGUGCAUGCGCUCAUUGAAAGACUACUCCAGUCUCAAGGGCGGGAACUGCGCCGGGCCCUAUUCUCGCUCAAGCAAGUUCUGCAGUCGGACGACGACCUGGUGCACGAGUUCGUGGCCAACAAGGGGCUGGACUGCCUCAUGCAGCUCGGCAACAUGGCCGAUCAUAACUACCUGGACUACAUACUGAGAGCCCUUGGCCAGAUCCUGCUAUACGUAGACGGCAUGCACGGCGUCAUGGCGCACAACCGCUGCGUGCAGUGGCUCUACUCACUCGUCGCCAGCAAGUUCAGACACGUCGUCAAGACCGCCCUCAAGCUACUCCUAGUCUUCGUCGAGUACACCGAUGAGAACUGCCUUCUCCUCAUCGACGCCAUCACAGCCGUCGACAGCUCCAACUCCAGACAACCCUGGUACAACGUCAUGAGAAUCCUCCAAGACUUUGACGCCUCUGACACCGAACUUCUCAUCUACGCCACCAGUCUCAUCAACAAGUGCCUCAACAAUAUCCCGGACAGGAAUGUCUACUACGACCAUGUCGAUGCCCUGCAGGACCAGGGCAUGGAUGACAUCAUCCAGUUGUACAUGGCGAAGCAAGGAACUGAUCUGGACCUGUUGAGGCAGCUUCAAAUAUUUGAAGCCGUCUUGUUGUACGAGGAUGGUGAUGAAACUGCUGCUUUGAAGCAGCUAGAUGACUCUGUUAUAAGUUCGGUUAGGAGAAGAAGCUUCAAUGUAAGUCUGAAUACAUCAGAGAGGAGACGGUCAAAGAAAUUCGCACUAAAGGAGAAAGAUCAACCAGUCCUGACUCGUACAGACCCAGAAGUGAAGAUAGUGAAUACGAAAUCUCCAAACCUCCCCGUUAUAAAGGAUGUCAAAGAGAACAAGGAACUAUCGACAGCGCUGCGAAGAAGAAGAGACCGAUACGAGCGACAAGCUCACCACAUUACCCAACAACAAGAACUUCUCAACAUUUCUUCUAAUGUCUAUAGCGGUUUAUUCACUAAUGGAAAUUACGAGAGUCCAACUAGGAGCGUCACCAGCAAUGGUAUUAGUUCGCGGAUCAACAGCAUCCAAAGUAAAAAUAGCCCUUGCAAUGGAAACUACUCCAAUAAUGGAAGUCUUUCCAGUUGCAACAACUAUUCAAAUUUAAAUGGAAAUGCGAAUAGUACAAAUAGUAGCUUUAAUGAUAAUAGUUUUACAAUUACUAGUAGUCCAGAAAUUCGAAGAGUUUCAAAUGGAUUCUCGAACACCAAUGGUCAUAAUCCUAUAAAUAGUGAAAUUCACGCCAAUAGUAAUGGUAUAGUAAAUAAUACCAAUUAUAGGAAAUUGAAUGGGUUGUACAAUGAAAUUAAAGAAGAGGAAAAUAGUAGAAUCUCAAAGAACUUAAAUGUACCCGAUAUUUUAGUUAAUGGAAACCAAAGAUACACAGCUGGUCUAAAACAACGAAUCCAAAAUGGAACCCUAGGUCAUAGCAUGACUGCUAUGGAUGCCUUGGCUGCUAUGCGACAAAAGCAGUUAGACUCGCCAGAUACCAAAGAUGAACGAGGAAUAAUUCUGAAUAAAGAGCACUCAAUCAAAGACCUGGCACAAAAGCUAACGAGCCCUGUAAGUCCCACGUCGGAAGAAAAACUACCGAAAGUUGCUGAGAUGGCGGGGAUAGUAUCUAAAGCCAAAGAAGAAUUAGCUAAGUCACAAUCUAAAGAAGUCAUAAAAAGUCCCACCAUUGACUUGACACCGAAAGUGCAAGAGAUCAAAAUAUCGGAAAACGACUUGCACUGGGAAGAGUUGAAGAACGGUUGUCUGAAUCGUGAAUACUUCCUGUGCGACCUCGACUUCUCAGAGCUGAGACACGACUCUGAUGAUGAACUGCCGAUACCUGGAGCACCCCCACCCCCGCCCCCCCUUAUGGCUCCGCAGUUCGGGUGUCCCCCUCCUCCACCUGUGCCUUUACCCUCGUUCAACCGGAACGCAGCUCCCGCGCCGCCGCCUAUAGCACCGCCUCCCUCAGAGCUCUCAAACGAUUCUGACAGCUCCACCAUCAAAAAGAACAAGAAGACGGUUAAACUCUUCUGGCGAGAGAUUCAGGAAAACCCCGUCCCUGCCACCAUGAGACCCAAGGUUGGAGGCUUCAUCUGGGACGACUUACCCGACAUUAAUUUGGAUACGAAGAUGCUGGAACAUCUUUUCGAAUCCAGGACCAAUGAUUUAAUUAUAAAAGAGAAAAUUACUGAACCAAAGAGAAACCUAAUUUUAGAUGCGAAGCGGUCAAAUGCGAUCAAUAUAGCUAUGAAAAAGCUGCCGACUCCUCAGACAAUUAAAGCAGCCAUAAUGAAGAUGGAUGCAACCGUUAUUGGCAGAGAGGGUAUAGAGAAGUUACUGUCCAUGUUGCCCACCGAUGAAGAAAAAGUGAAAAUUCAGGAGGCGCAGUAUGCCAACCCAGAUUUGCCUCUGGGUAGUGCCGAGCAGUUUCUUCUGACCCUGGCUUCGAUCAGCGAACUGUCUUCUCGACUCAAGCUGUGGGUGUUCAAACUUGACUUUGAUAAUCUGGAAAAAGAAGUGGCGGAACCCCUCAUGGACUUGAAGCAAGGGAUCGAGCUGCUCAAAGUGAACAAGACGUUCAGAGCUAUCCUGUCGACCCUGAGGUCGGUGGGCAGCUUCCUCAACGGCAGCCACGUGAAAGGCUUCCGUCUGGAGUACCUGUCCAAGGUCAUGGAGGUCAAGGACACGGUACACAAACACCCGCUCUUGUAUCACGUCUGCGAGAUGAUCAUAGACAAGUUUCCAGAUACAACGGACUUUUUUAGCGAAGUUGGUCCAGUAAUACGGGCAUCGAAGGUAGACUUCGACAUGCUGAGCUCCAAUUUGCACAGAUUGGAGGUGGACUGCAAGGCUUCCUGGGACCACAUGAAGUUGGUAGCCAAACACGAUGGCUCCCAAAUAUUCAAGACCAAAAUCAAUGAGUUUCUAACUGAUGCAGCCGAACGAAUAAUUCUCCUCACCAUCAUUAAGAAGAGAGUUAUGAACAGAUACAACAAGUUCCUGCUAUACUUAGGGGUGCCUCUGUUGGAUAUUGAGAAGACGAAGCCUUCUCAGUUCCUGAAGGUGAUCGCGGAGUUUGCCCUCGAGUAUAGAACCUCCAGGGAGAGGGUUCUAUUGCAGCUAGAGAAGAAGGCCAACCAUCGCGAGCGUAAUAAGACCAGAGGGAAGAUGAUUAUAGAUGUGGGUAACUAUUCCACGAAGAAUGGCGACAGUUCAGCUGACAGUGCACUGAAGGAGCUCCUCAAGUCAGACCCCUACACCGACAGCAUCUCCGAGAGUCGCCGCAAGGUGGCGCCACCCACCGUCAUCAGAACACGACUGAACUGUGAUAUCUCCGCGGAAGACGAAAUCAUAGAGAGUCUAGUGCGAUCAGCUACCAACAACAAGCGGCGACCUGUGAACAGGGAAAGGAAGAGGAACCGACUUUCGGCUGACAAAAAAUUCAACAACCGGAGAACAUUGAGUCCUAACUCCAACCAACACACUUGGCCGGGACGGGAAAGCAGUCCUGGAUCUGUCAUGCAGCAAAGAUAACUGUGAGGACGACGAUCUGUGGCCUGAUGCCAUAACAUCGGCAGAAUCAAACCAAAAUUAUAUGCUGUAUUUAAACAUGGAAGAAAUCUGCUAAUGCUAAUAUCUCAUUUAAAUAAUAAUUUAAUGCAUAAAUUAAAGUAUGAUGCCUUGUAUAGUUGCAAAAGUGACAUACCUAGUAAGCCAAAAGGCUAAGGCAUAUUUUUAUUUCGAGAAUUUUUUGAUGGCAAAUAACAAAAGUUGUUCAGCAUGACCCCCUUAGUCCCACUUUCGGCAUACUAACCGACCAUUUUUGUAACGUCUGCCUAAGGGUUUAACUUGUUAUCUACAGGAAAUUUAUUAAUUGCUUAGGUAUAUCAAAUUUGUUGAGUUAAGUAAGAACUACUUUGACACCUUUGUCUGUUGUACUUACCUGUCGUUAAAUCUUAACCCCAAAAAUCCAAAUAUUAUUUAGAAUAAAUAUUCCUACUUAAUCCUAAAUGGAAGUGGCCAGAUCUGACCACUUAAAUCUUUCUUUUUUAUGUACCUAUCUACACACAUAACUGCAUGAUCAUUUAUUUACUACUCUUUACAUAAUAUUACUGUGAUAUUUUGUCAUGUAUCUUGAUCGUCUUUUAGAUUCUCCCCAUUUUAUAUUACCGCUAUAUAAUAUACCUUACCUUCAUACUGUCUCGUUCACAG